CGACGACCACGCCCGGACGACAUGUCCGCCCUACAUCCCUUGGGAGUAAACGCAUCAACGGGUUACACGUCAUAAUUACUGCAGGCCUCGUGUAAUCACAAUGGUCACCAACGUUGCAUCAGUGAACUCUGCCGUCAGAACAGGCCACGAGAUCAUAUUCUCGAAACUAGAUUAACCAUCUUGCUUAUCAGCAUCCUUUCAGGUGCUCGAUCAUCAUCAUAUUCCAUGGGUCCUUUUGACGACCUUGACGAUGCACAAAGGAUCAGCAUCGCUAACGAACACCCCAACGAUCUCGAGUCUGGGCCAUCCUCUCCAUCCUCGCCACCAAGCUACCUUCGCCCUCGUCGUCCGAGCAAACCAAAUUCCCGUCAUCGGUCACAACAUACCACCACAGACGGUGGCUCAAGCAGCCACCUCCUCGCCCGUCUCAUCGCUCGCGACGAUGAAGUCCGUGAAAUCAAUGCACUCCUUGUCGUCACUUCCGAGCGUCUCGAGUCCGAGUCUAACCGGGCUAACAGCUCAGAGCGCCGUGCGCUCGAAUACUUCAACCGAUUGCGUCAGGCAACCGAGAAUCGUGAGCGCGCUGAACAAGAAUCAACUCGUCUUCGUGAGGAGUUGAAGCUGUACAAGCUCCAGCUUGAAAAUGCGCAAAAGGAGAUCUUUCGCGCACAGGAUAUCAUUAAUCAGGUUUCUGCUCAGAAAUGUGAAGCCGAGGCAGAUGCUGCGAGAGCCAGAACAAAAGCAAGGAAGUUGCAGGAAGAGAAGAUGAUGAUGAUUGCCCACGAGGACGGCAGGCGGCGUGGUUACAAAGAGGGCCUAACAAUCGGACGUCGGCUCGGCUUUGACGAAGGAAGCACGAUAAGAUAUGAUGAUGAACCGGCCCGACGAGUACAUCGGCCUGCCGUUCAACCAGAUGGAGGAGACGAAGAAGAGGAAGAAGAGUCAGUGCACUCUGAACGUAAUAAUGAUGUACGCUCACAGCCGCGGGCGCACCCACGGUCUUCAAGAGAUGUGCGCCCGGAGUCUGCUCCGCCUGUUGGGCAGUAUGGCACUGCGCCACAUGAACUUGCUGUCAUACCAGUUCCCCCACCACAAGUAACCCCAGUCCCGUCCCAUUACCCUCCAGAAAGAAUCACGACGCCCUCACCAUCAACGAGUCCCCCAGCGGAGACCGUUUACCCCGCGCAAAUACGUACGGUCUCUAGCCACUCGGCCGAUAUUCCUCGGGACAGUUGGAUACCUCGAGCGGACCCACAGACAUCUUACAUCCCAAUCCCACCGCCACAUGGAUUUUCUCAGCCCGUGGCCCGGAGCUCCAGCACACAGUCGCACGACUUAGACAACCACUCUCGCCACAAUCCUCCGUAUGAUGCUGGGGACUCAAACUAUGCUCUUGUGAGAACUCGUGAUUUCGCGUAUGCGCAACCUGCCCCAAUCCCGGUCCCAAGUCUACAUACUCCAUCUCUCAUGUCGCGAUCGACAUCGACGCAUAUGUCUCAAUACGAGCUUGUAAGCGCCCCCACCGAACGACACGGCAUUUCACUUCGUCACGAAGCAUCUUCCUCACACACCAGGAGUGAAAGUCGGACUGAACGACGUACAUCAUCACGUGGCGGAUAUCUUCCUGAGAAAAGUCGAAAGGAGGAUUUCGUAGAACAAUGGCGUGUAGACCCAGAAGUUGUCGCUACAGCAACUCCUGGGACGGCCGUAAGAGAUUUUCAACCUGUACCACCUCCUGGACAUCAUCGUCCCAGGGAGUCAAACAUGCCCGUCCCACAUACUGAUUCACGUCCUUCAAGCCGAGUAGAGUCCCAAGCAUCGCAAGGUCCUUCCCAGAAACGGAGUCCACCACGAUCAAGAAAUCCCCUCGACUACUUCAACAUCAGGCAACGUUUCCAUCAGCGAACACAAUCAGCUGCCAGUGUCCCAAAUAUAACUGUUGAACCCCCGUCCGAUGAAGCUUCGACUCCAUCUGAGCACACUCAUCGAUCACGCCUUGAGCUUCUAAGUCCAGACUCCGCAAAUCGGCCCCUUCCUCCGUCUCAUGAAGAACGUUCCCGGACAUCCGAAAGACAUUCACAAGACUCACACGGCGCCUACCGUUCGACCACGCCUACGCAGCCUCCAUGGCCAGCAGGGUUCGUGCCCGUCACAGGGGCAGCACUACCCGAACCGGUCUCCCAAUAUCCUCGUUCAAGAAGUCGAGGACCUGAUGAACAUUACCAAAUGGCGCCUAUUCCUGAGGGUGUCACAUACCCUGAACCGCCUAUGCGUGUUUCGUCGUCUCAUGAACAUCGUCGCCCGCAAGAGUCUGAACGAUCGAGUUCGCCGGCACCUCUGCAGAGACCGAUAUCAUUAUUCUCUGACCAGGAUGGGUGAACCAUGGGAUAAUUCUGUUAUUUGUUUUGUAUUUGUAGAGUUUUGAUUUUGACACAUUCGCGCACUGUCCUUACGACUGCCACGUUAUGAAACUUGUCUUUCCUUGACUUUUAGAUGCGUUUGUUCCUUGCGUACAGCUUUGGUCAUCUGGUAACUACGUACACCAAAGGAUGAUGGGGGUGCUGGCUGAUGACUCACCGGCAACUUGAUCACACAUCAAGGCCCUUUGACGUCAAGCAGAUCAUCUCGUGGCUGAUCGAUGAAAUAUGAUGACGAGAUAGAGAGUGCUUCAAGGGCUGUGCUCGGGCACGCCUUGUCCUAUUAGUAAGCCA